AUGCUGCGCUCCGCCGCCUCGCCGCCUCGCCGCCGCCUGCCGCUCCGCCCGCCGCCGCCUCAGUCGCCUCAGCCGCCGCUGCUUUCCCUCCCCGGCUCCGCCUGCUGCCGCCGCAACCCCCACAGCCAGUCAGCCACUCUCGCGAGAUCUGCGGGAGAGACGAGACAGACGAGACCCGGGGUCUCAGAGGAUACAGACCUCAGAGCGCUAUACUUGACUUUCUCAAGCAGAGAGUGCUGCCUCUAUCCUGAGAAGAGUAUGCCUAUCCCACCUCUUGGUUCCAUUCCCGUUUCACAUCCUCCACCCCUCAAAGUACGGAGACUUGCCUCCUUCGCUCUUAGCCCCAGAGACAACUGAGUACAUGGUUGCCCAAGCUUCCUGGAAGAGAGAGGGAUAAAAAGAGGACUAAUGAUCAAGAAACCCAGACCAGUCCAAGGCAUAAGCCUUGUCAAUACCUGAGCCCUCAAAACUCCCUAAUGUUUCUCUUCACUUCCUGGACAAACCUGCCUGCUACGUAUUCACAGCUUUCUUUUACUCUUAGCAAGGGUCCAUUCUAACCAGCAUUAGCUGCUUCAGCUUUGAGCUGACGUUUAGGACUCCCGUUAAAGAGCAAGAAACAAGGCAAAGCAACCUGGCUAUCAAAAUGUAAACUGGAGUAGUCCUGUAAGCCACCUCUAUUAUAACCCACCUGUCCAGUGGUCAUCAAAACAACUCCCUAAUGGGGAGGCCCACUAAGAGAUAGAAAUCCAGGCAUUGGGCACCAUAAAGAAUUUCCCCUUAGCUUGAGGGGCAUUCUCGAGUGCCAUGUAGUACCCUUUCAGUGCUGAUUUUUUUUCUGCAGUCCCUCCCCUGUCGGGAAGGGGACAUAGGAAAUUGUUAGCGCACUGCACACUACGCAAAAAUAAAUAAAUAAAUAAAUAAAUAAAUAAAUAAAUAAAAAUACACGUGUGAAAAAGCAGAGGCUCCUUCAGGCUCCCACAGUAGCGAUCAGGACCCUGGAUAGACCCCGGCCCCAAACAGAGACGCAAAGGCUGAGUGGCAGGGUCUCCGCACAGAAUCCUGCAGGGCAUUACGG